AUGUCACCGCAGUUUAUAUUCGGCACCGCCGGGUUCGGCAUGGACCGAACCGAAUACAGCGAUGCGGCUUCGGUUAAAACCGCACUCGAAACGGUGCGAUCUCUCGGCAUCCGCCGUCUCGACUCAGGAGCACGAUACCCGCCUCUUAACCCGGGCCGUUCCGAAGCCCUAAUCGGCGAGGCAAGGGAGAUUAGCACUGAGUUCGAGGUUGACACUAAGGUGUACACAGACACCAAGACAGAUGGAAGCGGGGACUUAACACGUGAGGCUAUACAGAAGUCUAUUGAGGGCAGUUUAGAGAGGUUGAAGAGGCCUGAGGGUGUUAAUGUCUUGCAUAUACACCGCGCGGACCCAUCAACGCCACUCGAGGAGCAGGUCCGGGCUUUUAAUGAGCAGAUCGAAUUAGGACAUUGUAAAGCUUGGGGUGUAUCCAACGUACCCGUAGACACACUCGAGAAGAUCCUAGCGCUGUGCUCAGAACACGGAUUGCGUAAACCUGUGUGCUACCAAGGCGAGUACAGUCUGAUAUCACGAGGUGCGGAGACAAAGCUCUUCCCGCUCCUCCGAGCGCACGGGAUUCGUUUCAACUCGUUUCGUUCCUUUGCCUCGGGCCUACUGACGGGAAACGCCGUUAAUGGCAAAGCUGAGGGUACGCGCUUUGGCGCUGAUAACCCGCUUGGUGGUGCAAUGCAACGCGUUUUCGGCGCUCAAGACUUACAAGACGCGGUGAAGAAAUUCGACACAGAAACGAGAGCUAGGGGCAUCAGUAAGCCGCUCGAAGUCGCUGUCCGCUGGAUUGUGCAUCACUCAGCACUUGACGAAGGGGAUGGUGUCGUCUUAGGUUCAAGUCGAGUCUCACAAGUCAUCGAGACAGUCGAAUUCGCGCGCAAGGGCCCGUUGCCGGAUGAAUUGCUGAAGGUGACAGAGGAUUUGUGGGAUGCUCUGAAGGAAACGCGUGGUAAUAUCAUUUAA